AAUGAAGACAAAGCUCAACAAAACCAUCCUCACACAAAAGAAAUGGAUCUACAACAGUCUGACAGAGACAAUCAGGAGUAACAUGAAAGGAUGCUACAAAGAAGCAGCAGCAUUUGAAGGACCAGGCACCCUGAAGAGGAUGAGGGACACUAUUGAGAGACAUGUGGAGUCAAAGAAGUACAUGUUUGAAGAGGCAAAAAAUGCCAUGUUGGAGCAGUUGAACGAUUUGAAGGAAACUGUCCUGAGGACGCUGAAGAAAACCAUGGAGGAGUCCAUUGAACACUCACUCAAGACUGAGGCCUGCUCACUGCCAGAUGUUUUGGAACAUCUUGAGAUGGUGAAGAAACACUGUGAUGAACUUAAUGGCGAUCAAGAUGAAAAAAAGUAACCACACCGGAAACAGCUGAGGCCUGAUAACCCACAGGACAUCCCUGAGGAAACACUGAUUAGAGACACGAGGUCUUUACAUAUUAUCACAGUAAUAUUUGUUUUGCUCUCUUUUAAUGUUGUGUUUAUGUGUACUUUUGACCUUUUAAUGAAUUUUAUACAAAAAGCAUCUUGAAUAUUAUAGAUAUCAAUUAAAACUGCUAAUAUUAAGGUGUUAAUCACGAGUGUCUAAAUCAUGUUUUGAUUUCUUUCUUUUUAAAAAUUUGUUGUAGUUUUUAAUCCCUUAUAGCAGAGCGUGAAGACAUGUAAUGCAUUCUCCAUUCAAACCUGAGAUUUAUGGUUUUAAUUGUAAGAGUCUGAGAUUACAAUUUCCAAAAGCAUUUUGAUUUUUUUGCUUGUUUUAAAUAUCAUAAUUUAAUGUUUUAAGUUGACGUGUAUACUGUUGGUUCAUUGGGACGGGAACAUUUAUUUUAAUGUAAGUGCUUAUCAGUUAAACAUUGAGCCUCAUCCAGCACUGAAAAGGUACCAAUUUUACAUCACAGUUCUAAUGACAAAUACUUGUUUGUUGCAGUUAUACAAUAUGUGUACAUGACAAAUAGUGAGAAAUGGCUCUAAGUAAAGCUGCAGGAAAUCAUCAGCUACUUCUGUCAUCUCCCUGCCAUUUUGCUUUUUCUGGGUUUGGAAUUAUUGGUGAAUAUAUUACAGUUUGAGUUUAGGUUCAGGUUGUUUCUUUGUUAUUUUUUGUUACGUUAAAUGUUUAAAAUUUUAAUUACUUCUGUGCAUAUUGUUAAAUUCCUGUUU